UCACUAACUCCACACCGAUGUACGUUCAAAGUUAAAUUCUUUCAUGCGACGAAGCCGACCAGCAGGAUAACGGACGGGCGACAGGUGUUUCUACCCAGGUACCAGCCUGUGCCUUAAAUAAUAAUUGGUGAAAAAAAGACGAAAACAGGGACCGCUUAAUGGCUAUUUAUGACAAAUACUUCUGGGAAAGAAAGCCUGCCGCCAAGUUAACUGGAAUGAAACAACCAAAACCAAGACUAAGUGAUAAUAACGCUGAAAUGACACCAAUACGAGUUUGGCAACAGAGAAGUGAUACAUUUGGUUUCCUACAGUAUGGAGUUAGAUACAGAAAUGGGCGUCUCGUCAUUCCUAUUUCUGGCACAUAUUUCAUAUAUUGUUAUGUAGAUUUUUUUGAACUAUGCGAUCCGUCCACCGGUAAACCAAAUGUUAAGAAUGCAAGCAUACCAAUUAAACACGGUAUCUUUAAAUUUAAUAUCUUGGAUGCAGAGGAGUCUGAAUUAGUUUCGAAAGUUCAGCCCCACACUAUUUCUAGCAAUCGAUACUUCAAUGUGUACAGCAGUUACGUAUCGACACAUGCUGAAUUAAAAGCUGGAGACGAAAUAUCUGUGAAAGUAUCAAAUAUUACUUAUUUGAAAUAUACAGAAAAUAAUUUUUUUGGCUUGAAUCUUAUUUAGACCUCCUCUAUAUUGAAGGAGUCUUCGCUCGCGGUGGAGGGGAAGUGAUAGAAACCUUUCAUUUGUUCUUGAUAUUCCUUUCAAAUACAAAAAGUGGUGGUUCCCUGACAAAGCUCAUACGAAUUGCAUUUUUGAGAGAGAAUGCUUAUUUAAAAAUAUUGCACUCAUAGAUGUGCAACAGAAAUAGGAUGUAAACAACAAGAAAGGUCCAUAUUAUUAAGCGAAAGGGCACCUGUGGUCAUGGUUACCGAUUUUGGAUAAGUUCAGAUGAAUUUAUGGGAUUUAAUUUUCACACAUUCACACUUUUGUUCAUUUAUAUAGGUGUAGGCCGAUUGCAAACUUAACAGCACACAUAUAUUGUAGCAAAAAUAGAUGUCAUUUAGUUCAUUACCAUUACUCGUACAGUAAAUGACUUUGUAUUGUGCAGAAAUAUUUACAGAUAUUACGUAAUUGCUAGUGUUAGAAAGUGAGAAAUGCAUGCUUAAUUUGGAAAGCUGUUUUUAGCAGCAUUUUUUAAGCAUAUCCACAUAUAAUAUGACAGAAAAGCUAUACAUGUCUUACUGUUUAUAGGGUUAUUUGGCCCACUGAAACUAUAUUUGUACGUUUAAAGUAUGUCUUAUUUUAUUCAUUCGUUUAUUGUUUAUUAAAAGCUAAAACUAUUUCUUGUUUAAUCCGACUUAUACGCAUGCACGAUUUUUAUGAUGUUUUGUAUACACGUUCUCAUACGCCAUUCAGUGUGAACUGUUUUGUUGUCUGCAGAUAAGCACUCACAAUGAUUAAAGACUACGUCACAUGAUAACAAGUGGCGGAUAUGUCACGUGAUUGACUAGUUAUUAAUGCCAGUUUGUUCAUGUUUGUGUAAUAAAAAGCAUUUUGAAAAAGUAUAAAUAUGCCAUUCUUAAUCACUCUUGUGAAAAUAGCUGACACAAAAAUGAAAAAUAAAUAUAUAUGUUUAA